AUGUCCGGACUACGUUAUGAUAGCCAGAAACCGCAGACGGCAAAUAAUGUGGACACCCCUCCACCUUAUGACUACGAGUCAUCUUAUCAGCCAAGGAAAAAUGAACUUGUCUCUGUCAUUGAAAACGAACGCCUUCGACGGAAAAUAAGACAACAGAUGGAUAAUAUGGUGACAGCCAUCGACAGCAUAGCCGAGGCUCGGUUUUGGAACGAUCUCCCUCAAACUGACUACCUUUCACAUGCGCAAUUCUAUCUGGACUCAGCCCAUGUGUUUAAAGACGCAGUGCAGAGAUUAAAAGAGAUGGGAAAAGUCUUGCAGUCGCGUAAACCUGAGCAUGUUGAGCUUUAUACCAUAUUGUCGAGACUUAGUGAUGAUGAGCUUGAUCUCAUGCUGUAUGCUUCUUAUACUAAGGUUUAA